AUGGUCCUGCUGCCAGCGCCCUCGGAGCAGCCCCGCGCCGGCAGCCCUGGCGGCGCCCGGCACGUCAUCAUCAACGUGGGCGGCUGCCGGCUGCGCCUGCCCUGGGCCGCGCUGGCCCACUGUCCCCUGGCCCGCCUGGCGCGCCUGCGCGCCUGCCGCGGCCCCGACGAAGUGCUGCGCGUCUGCGACGACUACGACGCGGGCCGCGACGAGUUCUUCUUCGACCGAAACCCCUGCGCCUUCCGCACCAUCGCGGCGCUGCUGCGCGCGGGCAAGCUGCGGCUGCUGCGCGACUCGUGCGCGCUGGCCUUCCGAGACGAGCUGGCCUACUGGGGCAUCGACGAGGCGCGCCUGGAGCGCUGCUGCCUGCGGAGGCUGCGGCGCCGCGAGGAGGAGGCGGCCGAGGCCGAGCGCGGGGCCGGCUCGGGCCGCACUUCCCAGGCCUCCCCGGAGUGCGCCCUGGCGGCCGGCGGGCGACUGGCGCGCGGCCGGCAGCUCCUGCGCGACGUGGUGGAGAACCCGCACUCAGGGCUGGCGGGCCAGCUCUUUGCCUGCAUCUCCGUCGCCUUCGUCGCCAUCACGGCCGUGGGCCUCUGCCUGAGCACCAUGCCGGACAUCCGAGCUGAAGAGGAGCGGGGCGAGUGCUCCCCCAAGUGCCGCAACCUCUUUGUGCUGGAAACGGUGUGCGUGGCCUGGUUCUCCUUCGAGUUCCUGCUGCGCUCCGUGCAGGCCGAGAGCAAGUGCGCCUUCCUGCGGACGCCGCUCAACAUCAUCGACAUCCUGGCCAUCCUGCCCUUCUACGUGUCGCUACUGGUGGACCUGGCGGCCGGCGGCCGACCCGGCGCGGGCGCGGGCCCUGCGGGCGGGAAUAAGCUGCUGGAGCGCGCGGGGCUGGUGCUGCGGCUGCUGCGCGCGCUGCGCGUGCUCUACGUCAUGCGCCUGGCGCGCCACUCGCUGGGGCUGCGCACGCUUGGGCUGACGGCGCGGCGCUGCGCGCGCGAGCUGGGCCUGCUGCUGCUCUUCCUGUGCGUGGCCAUGGCUCUCUUCGCGCCGCUCGUGCACCUGGCCGAGCGCGAGCUGGGCGCGCGCCGCGACUUCUCCAGCGUGCCGGCCAGCUACUGGUGGGCCGUCAUCUCCAUGACGACCGUGGGCUAUGGCGACAUGGUGCCGCGCAGUCUGCCCGGCCAGGUGGUGGCGCUCAGCAGCAUCCUCAGUGGCAUCCUGCUGUUGGCCUUCCCAGUCACCUCCAUCUUCCACACCUUCUCGCGCUCCUACUCGGAGCUCAAGGAGCUGCAGCGACGCGCCGCCAGCCUCGAGCCCACCCCGCGCGAGGACAGCACGCGCUCCCCGACCGAGGGCAGCGCGCACAGCCCCGACGGCCUCCUGGCGACCGCGGACGCAGGCAGUGCGGACGCAGGGCCAGGGCCCGAGCAGUGGGCCUGA